AUGUCAGGCCGCCUCCAGGGAAAGACCGCCAUCGUGACGGGCGCAGCCUCUGGAUUCGGCAAGGGCAUUGCCACCAAGUUCGUCGCCGAAGGAGCCAACGUCAUCAUCGCCGACCUGUCAGAGGAGCAAGGUCAGGCCGUGGCCAAAGACCUCGGCGCCGUUUUUCAGCGCGCCGAUGUCACAAAACCGGCGGAUUGGGAGCAGCUCCUGAAGUUGGCCCUCGACAGAUUCGGACAGCUCGACCUCGUCAUUAACAACGCCGGCGCCACGUACGCGAACAAGCCGACAGAGGAGGUGACGGAGAAGGACUUUGAUCUCGUCAUGAAUGUCAAUGUCAAGGGCGUCUACCACUCGGCCAACGUGCUGUUGCCGUACUUUCUCGAGAACAAGCGGCCCGGCUGCUUCAUCCAGGUUGCAUCUACGGCGGGCACGCGGCCCAGGCCACGCUUGACAUGGUACAACGCAUCCAAGGCUGCCGUCAUCAACGCGACCAAGACGAUGGCUGUCGAAUACGGCCCGAACCAGAUUCGGUUCAACUCCGUGUCGCCCGUUGUUGGCAGCACAGGCAUGACACAUUUGUUCAUUGGCAAGCCUGAUACCGAGGAGAACCGCAAGGGCUUCGUGUCGACGAUCCCGCUGGGAAGGCCGUCGACACCAGAAGACAUUGCCAACUCUUGUUGCUAUCUGGCAAGCGAUGAGGCGGCUUUCAUCACGGGUGUCAAUAUUGAGGUUGAUGGAGGGCGUUGUGUAUGA